AUGUCGUGCGACGAGGUGAUCCGCCGUACAACCAACCUCGCAGUGCCCACCCCGCCGAGCCCCAGCGAUAAAACCUCGUACAUUUUGCUGGGCGUGCUCAACUGCCUCCUUUUCGGAAUCGGCAUGAUUGUCAUCGGUGCCAUGAAGAGCGAUGUCCCGGAUGUCCUGAUUGGCGUCUUCCAGCUGAUCAUUCCCUUUGUGGGCUGGGCGUGGGCGCUGGUUUGGGGAAUCCUUAUUGUUAUGAAGGCGCUGCAAUAG